GAAGCCUCGCGCGAGAAGUGAAGCCGCUGAAGCCAUGGACGGAGGAGACCAGCAGAUCAUCGUGAUGAAGGGUCUCCGCAAUGCGGUCCUCCGCGCCUCAGAGGUCGUUGGCCCGCGCGUCAUUGCCGUCGGGUCCGUUCGUGUCAGCGACACCGCUGCCAUGGUCGCUCUCCUGGAGAAGGAGGUGUUGCGCCAGGGGUGGGAGAUCCAGCACAAGCACCGACUUAUCAGGCUGUCUCGCUUGGACCACGACCUCACCAUCGUUCUCGAGGUCCUUGUCCCGAUCCUCGUCGCCAACCCGUUAGACCUCGUCGCGGGCCGCGAGCUGAGGCGCUACGGUCGGUCCAUGGAGCACACGGCCUGCUCGGUCGUCGGCCCCAGCCACCCCCUCUACGCCGCCGCCGGCCCUGUCAGACGCCUCCUCCGCCAGUAUGCUAAACAUCAGUAUCGGGGUACGAAGGACGAUACGUGGCUCGCCGGCAACAUAUGGGAGGUCCAUGAUCGGGUUUCGGCCAUCAGGACUUUUCUAGUUGAUUUCCAGCACUUCCGUGUCCCGGAGGACGAUGAUAUUGGAGACGAUCGUAUGGGCGACGCUGCCGCAGAAGCCAAGGAGACUAUCGUCAUUCGGGGUCUCCGCGAUGCGGUCCUCCGCGCCGCAGAGGUCAUCAGCCCGCGCGUCAUUGCCGUCGAGUACGUUCGUGUCAGAGACACCCCUGCCAUGGUCGCUCUCUUCGAGAAGGAGGUGCUGCGCCAGCAUUGGAGGAUCAAGGAUAAGCGCCGACUGAUCAAGCUUUCUCGCUUGGACCACGACCUCACCAUCGUUCUCGAGAUCCUCGUCCCGAUGCUCGUCGACAACCGGUUCGACCUCGUCGCGGGACGCGAGCUGAGGCGCUACGGGUGGUCCAUACAGCACAAGGCCCGCUCGGUAGCCGGCUGCAGCCACCCCCUCUACGCCGCCGCCGGCCCUGUGGGACGUUUUCUCCGCCGGCAUGCUCAUCACCAGCAUCAGGCGACGAAGGGUGCCGUGUGGCUCGACGACAAUAUUGUGGAGGUGCGCAAGAAGAUUUCAGCGUUGAGGUCGUUUCUUGUUCGGUUUCCAUUUUCUAUUGGAGGAGAGUGAUACGACGCUAUAGGCGACAACGACGAGGUCGGUUCAUAUAGAACUACUCCCCCACGCCACACCAUGGGUAAUGGGUUUGAUGUCUUGUUUAAGACUUCUGACUAGCUAGAAAUCUGUACGCUUCUUCUUGCUGAGUUUGAUGGAGUAGGACUCAUUUAGUUCAGAAAUUUGUAAAACACUUUGUCAUCCUUUCUUGUCCAUCCUGGAGACAUUUCAGAAAAUUGAUGAGCCUACUUGAUCUAAUUGGGUUUCACUGGAUGAUUGCAGCCACGUGUGAUCUGUAUGUUUGUGCUUAGACUUCCUGUGACCAGUGCUCAUCAUUUUUUAAAAUAAAAUGAACUAU